AUGGGUUCUUAUUUCUUCUUUUUUCCUAUGAUAUUGCUGUUGGCAGCAACUUGUUAUGGCCAAGGAUUUCAAAAAUCGAGAGCAAGCUAUUACGGUAGCCCCGAAGGCCUAGGAACUGCAAACUGUGUGUUACCCUUGUGUAAAAUAUGUGUUACACUUUUUGUAACACAAUUUUAUGUCUAUUCCGCUGCAUGUUUUCAUCACUGUGGUGAUUAUCAACGUUGUCGUUGGGGCUGCCUAUUUCCACCACCACCAUUACAACCAUUGACAACAAUCUACAAUGUCACCAUCAAAUUUGCACUUCCAGCCAUCUCACAAUCACCACCCUCGGUCACCACUAGAUCAAUACUAUCUCAACUUGCCACCAGAUUUGUAAAGUGCAAAAUCCCAACAUACUGCAGCGAGGAGGGAGCAAAGGUCGUGGUAACGGAUCGUGGUGCGGGAGGCAGAACAGACUUCAUAAUGAGCAAACGUGGCUACGAAAAAAUGGCUCGACCCGAUAUGGCUCCACAACUAUUUGCUUAUGGUGUAGUUGACAUUGAAUACAGGAGAGUUCCAUGUAGUUAUAAUCGCAACCUUGAGCUAAGAAUCCAUGAGAAUAGCAAUUACCCUUCCUACUUGGCCCUGGCCCCUAUAUACAAAGAUGGAAUGUCUGAUAUCACUGGUAUAGACAUCGGACUGGAGGAUAGCGAGGAAUGGAGUCCAAUGCGUAGGGCGUAUGGAACGGUAUUCGACAUUUCAAAUCCACCCAUCGGAUCUCUUCACGUUAGAAUUAACUAUGCCAUCCCGUAUGAAGUUAAUUUGGUACAAUUAACCCGUGCCAUUCCUACGGAUUGGAAGGCUGGAGUUGCAUAUGACACCGCAUCUCAACUUAAUUAAGCUCCAAACUACCCGUUCCACCUACUUUUUACCUAUAUAUAUGUAUAGUAUAAAAAAAGGUUGAACCCCAACCUUGAGGGCCCUCACUGCCCCGUCCCUAGAGCUUUGUGAGAU